AUGAAGGUACAUGGGGCGGUACCUUGUGGAUUGGCCGAAAGACCAUGGAAAUUCAUGAAGUUGAAUUUUGAAGGGUGGCAACUGAGAAUGUUGUACAACAUAAUGAUUCUCGGCAUGUCAUGGUUCUUGACCGAGAUGGUUCCUAGUGGAAAGGAACACGAGUCUAACGCUCAAACGGUUAGCAUAGUACGUAUUUGGAAAUACUUGGUUUUCCUAUGCCUAAACUAUAUUUUGAAUGGUUUGUGUGACUCGUUGUGGGAAUCUUUGGACCUAAAGUAUACAAGUGAUGACGCUAAGGCAAAGAUGUUUGUCAUUAGCCGAUUACUUGAAUACAAGAUGGUCGAUUCCGGGAUCGUCCGAAGUCAAGUUGACGAAGGAAUGAUUGUGAGUGAAGCCUUUCAAGUGGAAUCUAAUAUCCAUUUGUUGUCUUUGGGCAUAAAGGACUUCAAGAAGCAAUUCUACGGAAAAUGCUUCAAUUGUGGCAUUAUGGGCCACAAGUGGACUGAUUGUAAAGCACUUAUGAGGAAGAAUUACAAUUCGGAAUCUAACGUGGUGAGGGUCAAUCAGAAUGAAUCCGAAAUCAUCCUCUCGGCAAUGGUGACCGAGGUAAACCUGGUUGGUUCGAACCAAAUGGAAUGGUUCAUUGAUACGGGUGCGACCCGACAUAUGUGUUCCAACCGUGAGUUGUUUACUACCUUCGAGACGACUAAUAGUGGGAAGGUAUGGAUGAGAAACUCUGCUCAGUCUACUGUGGAAGGCAUGUGCAAAGUGGUUCUCAAAAUGACCUCUGGGAAAGAGCUGACUCUGGACAACGUUUUGUACGUACCAGAGCUACGAAAGAACUUAGUUUCUGGUUCAUUGUUGAACAAGAAUGGCUUCCGAUUAGAGUUUGAGUCAGAAAAAGUUGUUUUGUCGAAAUCGGGAAUGAGGAACAAUAAAAUUUUUGCAGAGAUGACGUAG